AAAAAAAUCACUUUUUACAGAACUCUCUAAAAGGAUACAUGAGGGCAUGACUGGGCCAGACUGGAAUUGUACCUCACACAAUUUUAUGUGACAAAUUAAAUUGAUUGAAGAGAAAAGAAAGAUUAAAUAGCUGUUAAAACAGUGAGGCUUUUGCAAGAUACCUACAUCUGUCUGUUUGUCCUCAAGAGGAAAUCAUCUUUCAUCCAACAUGAAGUAUCUUGUCCCGGAGCUGUUUUUCCUGGCUCUGCUGGGAUUCCUCUGUGCACAGACUUCACCAUCAACUACCACCACAGAGAUGCCAUUCAAUGACAACCCCAAUACAAGUUGGCCAUCCAAUUAUACCACCACUGACAACAACAACAGUCCUACUGGUUCCAACCCUACAGUUUCCUAUCCCACUAGUUCCAGAACCACUGGAGCCAAACCCACAAGUUCCAACCCCACAGGCUCCAAUCCCACAGUAUCCAAACCCACAGGCUCCAACCCCACAGGAUCCAACCCCACAGGAUCCAAUCCCACAGGAUCCAAUCCCACAGGAUCCAACCCCACAGGAUCCAAUCCCACAGGAUCCAACCCCACAGGAUCCAAUCCCACAGGGUCCAACCCCACAGACUCCAACUUCACAGGAUCCAACGCCAACAGUGGCCAGACCCUCACAGUGAUGGUAACCAGCCCCACAAUGAGCAUGACUACAAUGAACAGACAGAGCCACAUCUUCAUUCCUGUCAGUCUGCUGUUUGGAUCACUUGCGCUUCAAGUACUUUGGUAAUAGUGGGCACACAUCAGUUGUGUGUUAAACCAUAUUGUGGUUUAUGAAAUUAGGAAAUUAUUAAGGAGAGUCACAGUGACAGAUCUAGCUCUUAAUUAACAUUCAAAUAACAACUUUGGCAGAUUCUCAAUCAGAUACUGUGAAGGAUGAAGCCGAUGCCUAUGAAUCCUAUUGAGUUGAAGCAUGUUAGUUUGCAUUUUAAGAGAUUAAUAAAAAAAUGAAAUGUACCCUUUCUGCAUACUGUAGGCUUAUUAUUUGCCCUGCGUGAAUAUAUUUUUAGUUAAUCAAACAGGGUAUACUAAACAAUUUUUUCUUGAUAUGUCCAAAAAAACAAUAAACGUUG